ACGUUUACAAACACUACACAAAGGGAGCAAGAGUAUUCGUUCAAAACGGAACGAUGCACAAGGCAGCUCUAUUCUACAGUAAUUAUUGAAAAGGAUAUUGCGUGCGAAUGGACGGUGGCGUUGAAACUGAAAACGCCCUGUGAAGUCGUCGAAGCGAACGCCGGUUUCCAUCAAGAAGUUCAAUUAAAUCAUAUCGGUAGCAAUACCUCAGCGCAGAGAACUGUUGGUUGGGCUCCUGUGAUCGUCAAAUAUGAAACAAAAGGCACGUGCAUAUUCCGUUAUGGAGUCGAGCAGAAAGUGAAAAUAAACGAGACCGCCGUACGAAGUUAUUAUAAAUGA